GUGCCUGCCCUAGUUGGACUCCAAUUCCCGCAGUGCUAUUGGCCCCCCCCCCCUGAAGAGGGUUGCAAAGUAAAUGAAUAAGCAAGUUUUAGGUGGGUGUGGAAUAAAACCAGAAGGCUGUGCUUGUAUUCAGAUAAGGCCCCUUGUAUCCUAGCAACAAACAAGGCUGCCAUUAUGAGGAGGAAUCUGCUUUCAAUUGCUGUGACAGAGUGAAAAUCCGAAUGCCUGAACUUAAUUCUUUUACUGAAAAACUUCUUGUACUGGCCAUGACUGUGCCGUUCAUUGUAUUUGUGGCAGGACUAGUGCUUCAAGUCUGCACUAAAACACCACAGUCGUUGAUUCCAUUAAAUGCUCUGUCUGAAUGUUGUGCAGAUCUCUCCGAUGAUUCUGGCCUUUGUCCACAAAGCAGCUCAUGUUAUUCAGGCUGUUACAGACACUGGUUUAAGAAUGGAAGUACCACCUGCAUCAGGUGCAUUAAUGAAACAUUAAUUGAUUCCUUGAAUAAUAGGACUGAAUGCAUCAUCUCAUUCUCUGGCAGUGAAGAGAAGGUGGAAAAUGGCACCACAGUGGGCCCAACCAUCCUUAAAAUUGGAGGGCCAGGGAUAGCUGCCUCAUUAUGCCUUGGAACACUAUUUAUCAGUUCAUUCUUCAUCCUUUCUGUGGCUGCAUUUUUUUACCUCAAGCGAUCUAACAAACUCCCACAUUUGUUUUACCAGCAAAACAAAGCUUCUAUACUGCAGCCGAAUGAAAUGGCAGAAAUUAUGAGGAGCCCCGUUAGAUCAGUGCGAAAACAAAGAUAUUCGAGAAGAGAAAGACUCUCUGCUUCUACAGCUUCAUUUGCAUCGGCUGCCAUAAGCAAUGUUUGAUCCUGCAUUGUCCACCAUGUAUGUUCAAGAAAUGGUAUUAUUUUAAUUUGUACAUUUAUAUACAUUCCCUGCACUGAUGGACACUAUCAUUCUACCAAGUUGCAAGGGCCACUUUGUCGAAUUGUUGUUUAUUGAUAAACGUGCACACACACAUACAGCCUGCAGCAUACCCAUCACAUGGGCAUUUGGAAGUAAAACAUGAUCUCUCCCCGUCUGGGAAUAUAUUGUUCAAUAUAAUUGGGCUGUUCUCAAUCUUCUGACUUUAUUUCAGAGAUGAAAUCACGGCCAAGUCAAAAGUUGAUAUGUGACCAUGAAAGCAUAUAUCUCCUAUAUUGGUCUACACUAUCCAACUGUUUGUAGAUAGACUGAUAGAUCAAGGUCAACUGACUUAGUUUCUAAUCUUCUCCUGAUUUCUUUGCAACACCUCUGUCUACAAAUUCUACUAAAUUUAGAUGGUCUAUGCAUCCUGAAUGCUCUCCAUCCAUAAAGGUACUGAUAGAAUUUUGCCCUAGAAACCAUCAUCUCUGGCAGUUCCAGUGUUCUUUCUAUAGGUGUUAAGCUUGAUUUGUAACAGGUUAUGUUUCUGGCUGUGGAUUUAAGAGUUCUGGUCACCUCUUCUUGUAAUGUCCAUUGCACUUUCUUUUUAUUGUGCCAAAUGCAGAAUGUAGCAUUGAGGUUUCUUAACUCAAGACAUUCUAGCAAUUAUCAUUUAGUUUCAUAUUGAAUUAUGUCCCUGAAGGUAACUGGUGAAGCUAAUAUUUUUGAGGCUAAUAUUCCCUCAGUUCUCAGCUCAGUCCUUCUAAUUACCUCAGAUCAGAUAUUCACCCUUUUGACUGGGUAACAUUCGCAUUUUCUUUAAUAGAUAAUCAGUCAGAAAUACAUUAGUCUGGCAGUUUGAUAUUUUACUCUUUUUCAAAAUUCAACAGCGUAGAAUAAAUGUAAAUAUGUUUCUUCCAUUCUGCUACCUUGUUCAUUGUUACCCAGCUUUAGUGGGGCUACUGACAUUGUCUUGCUUCUAAUCUGGCUUCCUUUAAGCCUUCCUUAGUCCACAUUGUCCACUUGUUCAAUUACUAUUUCUUUCCUCCAGCCCUUCUGUUUUUUACCCUUCAUUCCUCCUUUGUUGGCAGGACAAGGCAGUCAAGACUUUGAAUUUGUAACUAAUAGCUUCACAUUACCAACCUACCCAACCAUGCAUACUGUAAUAUUGCAAUUUAAAAUUCUCUGGGCUCACUGGAAAACGUGACAUGCAAUAUCGUGCUGUCAACAUCAACUUCCAUCAAACACGAAAAUUGGUUACAGGGAUCUAAGCAGAUGCUUUACAAUGCUGAUGAGGUUUCUGCAUAGCUGCAGUCUGUUUAUUUAGAUUGCAUCACCCUGGGUCACAGGACGUUUUUCUUUUGAAGGAGAUGGACACCCUAUAACAUAACAAUCCAUGGAAUGAUGUGGCAUUAAACAAUGACAAGGUGACUCCUGUGUUUAAAAGCAGACUUAAAGCUCCUUUCACAGAAUUGAGUUCUUUUCCUUUAAUUUUUAGGUUUCAGAUUAAAGACUCUUCCCACAAUUUAUGUAUAUGGGUAGGAUUGAUUCUCUGUAUUGCAAUCAAAUGCUGCUUACAGUAUUUUGAGCUGCGUUGUAGCAAAUAAGGUAAACAUAAUUUUGCCAUCAUUACUUGGUAGAGCUAGAAGCAAUCUCCCCCCCACCAGCCUACGUUUCUUUCACUUUUUGAACUGAAGAUGUAGAAAUUCAAAGGCCCCAAGUGUUCGUUCUCCAGAAGUGACCUUUUUUAUUUCAUUUGCCCAGCUCAGUUGACUGCAUUUUGGCCACUAAGUUUGGACUGUUAGUUUGAGGAGGUCCUCAGUCAACUUAAAGAUUGAUGUUAGUUUGUUGAUCUGGAUGUGGACCUUUGGGAUGACAUUGAUUAUGGAGAAUCCCUUUCUGUGGGUGGUAGUCGCUGGUCUCCGUGGGGCAAUAGCCAAUAGAAGUCUAAUCUUCUCUAUCUGUUCAUUUGACAGUCAACAAUUUUUAAAGUGUAACUUCUCAGAAUAAAUUUUUCUUGAUGCAGAAUAGAAUCCGUGCACUAACUGACUUAUCCCAGACAAGGCAGUUCUUAACUUUCAUUUAUUAUGAAAGGACUGUAGCUUUGAUGCAUUUGUUUUGUUGUAAGUGUGAGUUGGUAUAUUGGAAGAAAGAUGAUAACUGGUUGUUAUUUUGUAAA